GCGUGGCCUGCAUGGGGCGGGGCGGGGCGGGAGAGACUAGAGGCAGGGCCUGGAAGUGCGGGCGUCUCUCCCCUCCGGCGACUGAGCCAGGUGUGAGGGAGUAACGGCCGCGCAUUCGCGGGAAAAGAGCGAUGGGUGAGAACGCCGCACCAGGUCUGAUCUCUGAGCUGAAGCUGGCUGUGCCCUGGGGCCACAUCGCAGCCAAAGCCUGGGGCUCUCUGCAGGGCCCUCCAGUUCUCUGCCUGCACGGCUGGCUGGACAAUGCCAACUCCUUCGACAGACUCAUCCCUCUUCUCCCGCAAGACUUUUAUUACGUUGCCAUGGAUUUCGGAGGUCAUGGGCUCUCGUCCCAUUACAGCCCAGGUGUCCCAUAUUACCAACAGACUUUUGUGAGUGAGAUCCGAAGAGUUGUGGCAGACUUGAAAUGGAAUCGAUUCUCCAUUCUGGGCCACAGCUUCGGUGGCAUUGUGGGCGGAAUGUUUUCCUGUAUGUUCCCCGAGAUGGUGAAUAAACUUAUCUUGUUGGACUCGCCACUACUUCUCCUGGAAUCGAAUGCAAGACCAGGCUGGCUGUGACUGAGACGAAGCAGACUCGUUCAGAAUCGCGGGGCUGACUAGCCAGGGCUGGGUCUGUGCCCUUUGCCGAGAGGGGCUCAGCGAGAGCAGAGGGCAGGGCUGGGAGGGGCGGAGGCCUGGUCUGCAGCCUGGAUCCCUGCCCACCCAGCCAGCUGUGCCUCCUUAGGAAGUGGAGAACUUGCUGACCUACAAGCGGAGAGCCAUAGAGCACAUGCUGCAGGUAGAGGCCUCCCAGGAGCCCUCGAGCGUGUUAAGCCUGAAGCAGCUGCUGC